ACAAGCUCCAUGCACACAAAGCGGAGGCAGGAAUUCAAACCCCCAACCCUGGAUGUGCAAGUCUAACCACUAAACUACCAUGCCCCCCAUAGCCAUAGCUAUGUGCAUACUUGUACAGUACCUAAGGCAGGGGUGUCCACACUGAGUCCUGGAGGGUCACUGCCCUGGAGAGUUGAGCUUCAACUUGUCUCUACACCUGCUUGGAAGUUUCUAGUAUGCCUAGCAAGACCUUGAUCAGCCGUUACAGAUUUAAUUGGGGUUAGGAGCUAAACUGUGCAAGACAGUGGCCCUCCAGGAGCAGGAUUGGACACCCCUGAUCUAAGUGCUUCAUUUAUAAACUGUUGUUUUUUAAAACAUUUUUAUAGAGAUCAGCUCCAUCCCCUCCCCAAGAGAUUUCCAUUAGACUCUUUUCCCCCCAACUCUAUCUAUCUAUCUAUCUAUCUUAAUGUUCAACGUUAACUUCGAAACUGUAAUUUACGGUAAUUGUGAUAGCUCAUGAAGGCAGCACCAAGCCUCGUGUUUUCCCUCCCACCCCCUCUCCCUUCAGUACAGAUCUCUCUCUCUCCUCUCCAUCGAUCCGCUCUUCAGGUUAAGGUCACAAUCUAAGACUAAUCUCAAAGUUUGCAGGCAAAAUAGGUUUUUGUUUUGUUUUGUUUACCUAAACGCAUAACUCUCACAGCAGUUGUCUUCGACUAUGGAGAACUGGGAAGAUAAUCAGAGCCCUGUCGUGAGCAACGUGACUUUUGGGAAUGCUGCGAACUCAUGGAAUAGUGGCAGCCAACAAAACAGCUUCAAAAGCAUGACUAACGAUGAGGAAAGUUCUUGGAAAAGUGACAGCGGUGGUUUUGGGACUCAAGGGGGAAACAGGGGUCAAGGCUCUAGGGGAGGAGGUGGAGGCUUCAGGAGCUUCAAUUCAGGAUAUGAUAACCAUGGAAACGCGGAAGUUGAUCGGGCCAGCUCCUGGAACGGUGGGCGAGACGGAUUCAGGGGGACAGGAGGCAGAGGACGAGGAGGAAGAGGAGGGUUUAGAAAUUCCUUCAACUCUGAAGGUGAUGAAAAUGGCAGUCAUGACGGUUUCAAAAGUGGCAGAGGUGGGCGUGGGGGAAGAGGAGGUCGUGGAGCUUUCCAACAAGGUAGUGAUGGAGAAGGCAGAAGACACUUGGGCGGAGGUGGAGGAUAUAGAGGAAGGGAUGAGGAGGUGUUUUCUAAGGGCUCACAGAAGGGUGACGAGGAAAAAGGAGAUGGUGAGACUGCAGGGCCCAAGGUCAACUAUGUACCCCCUCCACCACCAGAAGAAGAGGACUCCAUUUUUUCCCAGUAUGCAACAGGCAUCAACUUUGACAAGUAUGAUGACAUACUUGUGGAUGUAAGUGGAAGCGACCCGCCCAAAGCAAUCAUGACCUUUGAAGAAGCACAACUUUGUGAGACUCUUAACAGAAAUGUUGCCAAGUCAGGAUACGUGAAACCUACUCCCGUUCAGAAGCAUGGCAUUCCCAUCAUAUCUGCCGGAAGGGAUCUCAUGGCUUGUGCCCAAACUGGAUCUGGCAAAACGGCCGCCUUCCUGCUGCCUAUUCUUCAGCGUCUCAUGAACGACGGUGCAGCAGCCAGCAAGUUCAGUGAGGUUCAGGAGCCUGAAGUAAUCAUCGUGGCUCCCACCAGGGAACUCAUUAAUCAGAUUUACCUAGAGGCUCGCAAGUUUGCUUAUGGCACUUGUGUUCGUCCUGUCGUCGUUUAUGGAGGCACGAGCACUGGAUUUACAAUCCGAGAAGUGUUAAAAGGUUGUAACGUGUUGUGUGGGACCCCUGGAAGAUUGCUCGACAUUAUUGGUCGUGGAAAGGUUGGACUGAGUAAAGUUCUUUAUUUGGUGCUGGAUGAAGCUGACCGAAUGCUGGACAUGGGCUUUGAGCCGGACAUGCGAAAGCUGGUGAACUCUCCGGGAAUGCCUCCGAAAGAAGAGCGCCAAACCCUCAUGUUCAGUGCCACGUAUCCAGAGGAUAUUCAAAGGCUGGCAGCUGAUUUCCUCAAGGUGGAUUAUUUGUUUCUAGCUGUGGGAGUGGUGGGAGGAGCCUGCAGCGACGUGGAGCAGCACAUCAUUCAAGUCACUCAGUACUCGAAGAGAGAGCAGCUGCUGGACCUGUUGAAGACCACAGGGACGGAGAGAACAAUGGUCUUUGUUGAAACCAAAAGAAGUGCAGAUUUCAUUGCAACGUUUCUCUGUCAGGAGAAAGUGCCCACUACUAGCAUCCAUGGCGAUCGGGAACAGCGAGAGCGGGAGAAAGCUCUCAGUGACUUCCGCACUGGCCGGUGUCCUGUGCUAGUGGCUACUUCUGUUGCUGCUAGAGGACUAGACAUUGAGCAUGUCCAGCAUGUGGUGAACUUUGACCUGCCAAAAAGCAUUGAUGAGUAUGUGCACCGCAUCGGGAGAACAGGCCGAUGUGGAAACACAGGAAAAGCCGUGUCCUUUUUUGACCCAGCGCCUGAUACUCCUCUAGCUCGCUCUCUGGUCAAAGUCCUCUCAGGGGCCCAGCAGGAAAUUCCUUCAUGGCUGGAGGAAAUUGCAUUCAGCGCUCAUGGCACCACCGGGUUCAACCCACAUGGGAAUGUGUUUGCCUCCUCUGACAGUCGCAGGGGUGGAUCCUUCAUGAAGAACCAGGCACCACAACCACCUGCACAGAGCACCAGUGCAGAAGCUGAUGAAGACUGGGAGUAGAUUUGCUUUUAGGUUUCUUUGUGCAAUAUUCCCGUGUUCGGUUUUAUUAUUUUUUUUUUAUGUUAAAGAAAAGAAGCCUGUGGGCCCCAAAUAGAGAUGUUAAGAAAAUGUAGAGAGUGGCAGGCUUCACAAUUUAAGUGCAAACACACAAAAUUCCUGACAUUAAUGUUUUUCUUUUGGGUUUUCUGCAGUAGAAGUCACUGUGGAUUAUUCAGUCCACAAAAGUACAUUGAAGGUCGUGUCGCAUUUUGAACAGUAUAUUUGUGCGACGGCAUUUGUUAUCUAGAAAAAAAGUUGUUUUGCCAGUGUCGUAUUCCAAUAAAUUGUUUACCGUUGCAGUGUUGUGCAUUUUCAGGUUAUACCCAGUGGUUAUCUUAUCAGGUUCAACCACCAAGUAGAGCACUACAGUUAUUGACUGCAGCACAUCUGUUUUAAAUGCCUCUACCUCAUACAUAUAUGGUAUAAUUUUGUUGGCUACAAUGGCAAACCAUGUAAGACAGUAUUCUAUAAACUUGGCCUAAAAAGAUAGAGGAGAAAAGUAAAAAGAGCGAAAUAAGCAAUACAAACGGAGAGUGGAGAAAAGAGGAAAGGGUCAGUCUUUUUUUGGGUGGGGGGGGUUGGAGGUGUGUUAAUCUGGUUUCUUCAAAAUUGAGCAAAUGUUAUAUGCAAUGAAUGAGUAGGAGGAUCAGAGAGAGAGAGAAUAUGGUUUCCAUCUUAAUUGUAUUAAAUGAAUCGCUAAUAAGGUUAGAAAGGCUACAAUGUCCGAUUUUUAUUUAUGGAGGUGGUAUAUAUUCGCAUGUACAAUUCCAAACACCGCAGUGGGCUGAGAAGGUUCAAGUUAAGCCUAAUGCAACUUUAGAAAGAGUGAUAAACUAUCAGAGUCCACACACUGACUAGAUGAGAAUGAUCGAUGUGUUGAUGACAAGUUGGGUCAAAUUCUGGGAGAGAAAAACUUAAUCUUGGUGCUAUAAAUAUAUUGCGAGUAACGUACGUAUGUAUGUAUGUAUGUAUGUAUGUAUGUAUGUAGCUUGCACUUGUUUUUUUAAAAUUUUUUCUCAUACUAAGGGGAAAAUGGACACAGUGUAGAGCUCUCCUAUUCAUCAUCCAUGACUUAGUCAUGCAAAUUAUUCUUCCACUGUAAAACCUACAAAGAGCUAGACAAGAUGAUAGCACAGACUGCCUGAGGGAGUAAUCUGAAUACCAAAGUUUCUGUGGAAUUCUUCCUAGAAUUGUGCUAUUUGCAUGUGAAGAUUCUGGCUAGGAAUGGUGCAUACACAGUCAGGUACAUAAAUAUUUAUGGACAUGGACCAUGUUAUUGACUCAACUUACAUUUAAUCGAAGCUGUAAAAGAAAUAUUUUAACAGCAGAUUUGCUUGUUUUUUUUUCUAAAUAAUAUUUCAAAUCAUCUGUUAUCCUGGCAGAGGAAUCGACUUCAUUUUGCUUUCAUGUCUGCUAGAAAAUUAUUUGUAAGUCGUUGCAACCCUUACCUAGGUGUAUGUGGGCCUUCACUUUACCUGCUGUUCUCUUAAUGCAGCUCUCAUGUACAUGGUGCUGUGGCCAGGACAGUAGAUGGGUGGACGUCUGCAUUUGUUCAUGUAAAAUCAUUCAUUUCUACCCAUUGAACCACUGAUGAGGACUUUUCUAUAGAAUCAUCUAUAGGUUAAAAUGUUUAUUAAUUUAUUUUUAAUUUGGUCCUUACUAGGUUUCCCGUGCCAAUCCUUCACUUUUUUUUUCUUCCUGAUGAAUAUCCCUCAAAAUACUGACUUUAGCUUUUACUUUAAGGCUAUUUACCACCAAGUCAGAUGAACACAUUUUUUUUAAUGUAAGGUCUCCUUCCCCUGCUGAGCUCUAACCACUUUUUAAGGCACCAAACAUAAUUGGACAAGCUAACAUGCUUCAGGUCAUUGUCCUCCUGCGCUGUUAAAUGCAAAUUUAACAUGCUUAAUAUAUAUAUAUAUAUUAUGGUUGAUUUGAAUAUAUUGGGAGAUUAAUUUUAAGAAAGAAUUAGGAAGAAGAUACAUGAUUGAACGGAUAAAGUGGGAUAACCACUGCUGCAUGUUUUUAAGCACUACACCAACUGUCAAAUUCAUUAGACACUUUUGUUAGUGUGCCAUGCGUAGUGCAUGUUAGUUGUCCUCUAGCCCUUUAUCAGUGGCCGGUUAAUGACCACAGGACAAUUAUUUUCACUAAAAACUUUGGAUUCUUUUCUUCCCCUGCUUAUAAGAUUGACCAGCUCAGCCUGUGUUUUUGCAGCUUUUGUCCAUUAUGGUUGAGCCGGGUUUUUCAGCAAGGUUCUCUAUUUGCAAGAAGCUUUGAGAAAACAAGCGGUAUUUUAUAGCAAAUGCUGCAUCAUAUGGUCACUUCAUGACUUUGAUGAAAGUCUCUGUGUGUGUGCUCACCAUCCCUGAUUUAGGAGUUAGGGGAGAGAUAGAAGUUAUUUUUGGUAGAUUGUAAUGGAUCUGCUGUGCUCAAAGAAGGAUUACUGACCAGGCCUACUGGGUUUGUGCCCAGGGUGAAUUAUGUUGUCACACAAUAUAACACAUACAGAGUCAGGAGGGUUUCUUUAAAAACAUUCAUUUACAGUUACAAAUGACUUCAUAAAAAAUGUGAUCAGUAACGUAAUCCAAGUAUCGCAAUAUGAAAGUAAUGUAAUCUGAUUAUUUUUUGAUUACUUCAAGGCCACAUGUAAAUAAAGUCCAGAGAAAAGCUA